GUUUGUUCAAAUAGCUGUCAUACCAGGAAGUAAGAACCUAGUGGUGGGUUAGGAAGUUAGUGGGUCAACAAUGUUUUACAUGUAUGAAUUACAUGUGCUACAGUUUGUCAAUUGUGUUAAAAAACAUGUGUGAGCAGUACUACAUGACAAAAGUGACAAAAGCAUAAAAAAAAAUAGGAUUUAAUUUAGAGACGCACAUAUAAGUAAUUCACCCAGAAUGACAUCAUCAGGAGACGAGGAUGGUGGCGAUAUUUACGACAAGCUGAUAGAGCCAAAUCGUUUCAGAAUAGUCAAAUAUUUUGAUCCUUUUGUUGUAUUUGAUAUAAUGAGGUCAAAGGGUGUUUUUACGAUGGAUGACCAAGAGAGAGUAAUGAACAUGUAUCCACCAACAAGAAGAGCAAGGGCAGGACAGUUUCUGGAUAUUUUACUAACCAAGGGAGAUAAUGGCGUCAAGAUAUUUAUAGAAGUGUUAGAGUAUGACUACCCACAUGUAUACAAACUAAUUACCAACAAGGAUGCUAAAGAACCUCCUAGAACUUUUAAACAACAUCGAGAAUCCAUAAGAUCCAAAUGGAUAGACAAAACAGGAGAAUUCGUAGAUAUGAUCAAGAACCAGUUUAAUAACGAGAAUGUUAAUCUCAGGGAAAACUUAGAAGACCUCAAGGCUGUUGUCACAUUAAAUCAAGAAAAUAUCCAGGCUUCAGAGAAUGAAAGCAAUGAACUACGAGAUAAGAUGAGGAUAACAUCUGGAGAGAAUGAUGAACUGAAGGAACAAAAUGGUUCUCUUUUAAGAGAGAGAGAUAGAUUAAAAGACGAUAACUUAAAAAUACAGAAAGAAUGUAUAGAAUAUUUUAAAGAGAGAGACUUGUAUAAAGAUAAAAUAAGACAUGUGCAACUGGAAAAAGAAUACAUAGAAAAAGAGAUGAGUAAUUUGAGUAAACAGAUAACAGAGCUUAAAAGUGAAUUAAAACUUAGCAGAAAUGAUGUUAGAGAUCGAAAAUUUGAAAAAAUACAGACCAGACUGGAGGAGAUUAAAACGGAACAAGAUACAUUGUCAAGAUCAGAAAUGGAAAAACAGAUUUUAAGAGAAGAAAUUGUAGAAACUCAAGUCAAAGUAGAGGAACUGGUUGAAGAAAUGGACAAUUUGCGUGUUGAAUUAGACAAGUCCCAAGCUGAUUGUAGUAAACUGAGAGAAAAGAUUGAAAGAGAGAAAAAAGAAAGAACACAGCUUGAACAAUGGCGUCAGGAAAAAGAUAAAACAAUAGAAAACUAUUUUGAGAGGAUAGGUGAACUGGAAUCGGAUAAACAAAGUUUGGAAGGUGAAAGAAAUCGAGAACAACAGAAAAAUCGAGAGUUAGAUCUAAAGAUUUCUAAGCUGUUUAGUGAAAAACACCAAUGGCAGCAGUCAGUAGAAGCAUAUAGAAAAGAAAUUUCAGAGCUUAAAAAGAGAAAAUCUCUUGAAGUACUUAUUCCAUCAGGUCCACAAUUACCUGAAAUUGUAACAGAACAACCUGAAGGAUUUAAAUUUCCGCCACCAGUUCCUUUCAGAUUGAUAAGUGAAGGUGCAUCUAAUAAAUCUAGUGAAUCGUCAGAAGAUUUAACAGAGUGUUUACAGCUUGAGGUUGCCCUCGACACUUUACCAUGGACAAUAGAUCAAUGUGCUGGGAGGCCUGUGUCUGGGCCAUUUAUAAGAUCUGGUAGUUAUGAAGAUACAAGAGAGAAAUGGACGGUGAAAAUGAAAAUGCCACUGUUAGAUAAAAUUUCAAUAUGUGGGGGAAACUUUACUGGAAUAUUUGUAGAAAAGACUAAAAAUAAGGAAAAAGUUCUAAAACCAGGAGAUAAAAUUGAAUCUAUGUGUAAAAUAACAGAAGGCUAUGAGCAACAAGAUCGCACCUCUUUUGAUGGUUUUACCCAAAGUCAGGCUAAAGAGAAACUUUCCUUUAAACACCAUUCAGAUGAAAUGGAGGUGACAUUCAGAAGAAGAAAAAUCAAUAACACUGCAGAAUUUGAUUGUGCAAAGCUUUGGAUGGCAGAUGCAAAGAAUUCAAAAAGAGGAGACUAUUUCUAUGUCAGAGCUAACAGUCCAUACAAUCCAGAUGGAGCCCCAGGCUUACCUAAACACAAGAUACAAACUGGUGACAUAUACCUAGUACAAGACACUUGUCCUCUUACUGCUGGGGAAUGGCAGGCUCUGAAGUUUGACAAGAAACGUGGUGACUGGGGACCACUUUGUCAGGCUAUACCAGACAGUAAUCAUUCAAGGAGACAGCUGGUGAUAAAUAGACAACAAUCUUCUGAUCAAAAACAAGGAAGACAUAGAGCAUUUAAAAAGAGAAGUUUAUACACCAAUGUGUUCCCAAUGAAAGCUACCAGUAAAUUACCAGUAUGGAUGGUAGGUCCUCAGGAUGUUGUGUUAGCCAUUCAGAACCUCAUGUGUCAGCAUUAUCCUGCAGAGUUUGUAACAGCACAAACAGGUAAUUUCCAGCAGGUGAUGUCUGGAGUCAGGAUGCAGGAUAAACAUGUUUUAAUGCACAUUAAUACCCAGUCAUCAACAGACAGGAUAGGAAUACUGCUGUUAUUUAGUAUCCUCAACACAGACAAACAGAAACUAAGUGAAAUUUUAAAGAAGACUGUGAAUCCUGAUGCUACGACAAUUAAUGAAGAAAUAUUGAGACAACAAGGAUUAGAAAUAGGAGAAGUAAAAAUUCCUUGUAAUUCUGUAAAAGAUGAAUCAACUCUAGUAGAUACAGUAUAUAACAAAAUAAACAGCAUGCAAAAACAAAUUCUGUGGUUGUGUGAAAAUAGAUUGAGGAAAUAUAAGCCUGACGUUCUUAGUGACUACAAGUGUUUCUUCACAGAGAGUAAUGUCACCAUGGCAUACUCAAGGUUUAACUCAUCACAAGAUGAGCAGUCAAAUACAGGGCAAGAAGUUAUGUCAAAUGCUGGACAGGAAACCAGUUCAAAUACUGGUAAAGAAGAACCACUACGAGUAAGGAAAGAGAGUAUAGCAUUAGACAGGGAUGUUUGUAAUUCAUGGGCUGGAGAAGAAGAUCAUUGCUGAGUUUUAAAAAAUCUUAAAAUUGUUGAGUUUAUACUGAAACUAACUGUGAUACAUUGACAGUGUAUAAAACUAUAGGAGUAUCUUUCAGUCUACUGCCUUAAGGUGACAAACAUUGAAUAUCUAUGAAAUAAAAUGUUACAUCUACAUUGACAUUCACUGAAUAUGUGACAAAAAUGUAUGAUGACUUGAGCUGGCUUUGACACAUGGUCAACAAAUAAGAAUAUAUUACUCACAGUGUAUAUUAUCUUUUUCUUUGAUAAUUUAAAAGAAAGGAUCCUAUAAAUUAUUAUAAGAACAAAUGAGAUUUUGUAUAUGUUGUGUGAAAUUUAGUAAGAAGUUUUCUUUUAACAGCAUUUUGUACAGAAAAAAAAGAUUUUUUAUAACCAUAUUCAAUUCAGGAUUAUGAUCCAUUCAAGUAUUUAUAAUUUUGGUACUUGCACAUUAAAAAGUUCUCAAACCUAUAAGCCAUCCAUUAUUCACUCACUAUUAUCACUUGAAAACUUGAAAAAAACAAAAAAAACAUUUUUUGUUAUUUAAAAGUUUCAUCUUUCUUUAAAUUUUGUUUUGACCUAUAUAUAAUUAUAAAAAAGCAUUAUUUAUACAAAUUUUUGAUUUAUGCAGGAAAUUCAAUUUAAAAGUAUUCAAAAUUUACUCCCUUUUGAAGAAUUUUUAGCAUGGGUCAUAUUUCUAUCACAUAAAGAUAAUUUGUUUUGAAUAUGGUUUUAAAAAACUGCCUGCUACACAUUGUAUAAUAAUAUUAUUAUUGUAGCUUAUUUAGUGUAAUCUCAAACUUAGCUAUGCUGUUAAAAACAUGAUGAAAAAAUGUAUUUGAGUAAUUUUGAGUGAUGAUUAAUCUUGCCAAAAAGAAUGUAUACCUCAUCUAAGUAGACCAUCAUCUUCUAACUAGAUGACUUAAUAUUAUAUUCAGGUAAUAGCUUACAAAACUUGUUAGCAUUUAGUUUAAAGAUUAUCCUCUUCAUCAUUUGCCAAAAUAUUUUAAUCAUUAUUUCUCAUAUAGGGCUGCAGGAAACAUCAUAUAAUGAUGUUUCAUAUGGAGAAUAGGGCUGUAGGAAACAUCAUAUAAUGAUAUGUUUCAUACGGAGAAUAGGGCUGUUGGAAACAUCAUAGAAUGAUACACUUCUUGUAGAAAAUAGGGCUGUUAGAAACAUCAUAUACACAUAUUCAUUAUCAUCUUAUACAGAGGCUCCAACCUGAUAUUAUUAUUGUUUCAUUACACAGGGAGAAAGGAAGACAUUUGCAAUCUCUAUUUUAUAUUAUGAAUCUCCUAUUCUUAUUAGAUGUGUUAAAUUUUUACAUAGAACUCCCAGAUAAACAAUGUAAUACAUAGUUAUGGAGACUUUAAGUGCUCAUAAUCAUCAUGCACAUUAGGUUUUUAUUCAUUAUAGAGUAAACAUCUCAUUAUAACUUACAUUAUAAUUAUUAUAAGUAUGAAGCAUUACUUUUAUAAAAAGCUAGUCAUAGUAACGUCCCACUUUGUUAUCUAUACAAUAAUCACUCCCUGUGUAUUUCCAUAUAGACAUCCAUAAAGUAAUUGAUCACACCAUUUAUAUUUCCAUACAGACAUCCAUAAAGUAAUAGGUCACACCAUUUAUAUUUCCAUACAGACAUCCAUAAAGUAAUUGGUCACACCAUUUAUAUUUCCAUACAGAUAUCCAUAAAGUAAUUAAUCACACCAUUUAUAUUUCCAUACAGACAUCCAUAAAGUAAUUUUAAUUCACAUAUAAACUUGUGUGUUUUCAAAGUUUACAUAUUUCAUAAAAUAUUGUGAUAUAAAAAAGAAGAUGUGGUUUGAAUGCCAAUGAGACAACUAUCCACAGAAGACCAAAAUGACACAAACAUUAACAAUUAUUGGUCACCGUACAGCCUUCAACAAUUAGCAAAGCCCAUACUGCAUAGUCGGCUAUAACUUUCUUUUAACUUUUAACUGCCUUAGUGGUCUAAUAGUAGCAUGCUCGCUUAGAUUUAGGGAGAUUUUUGGUUUAAUCCCCAGAUGAAUCAAACCAAAUACUAGAAAAUAGUUAUUUCAUGCUAUUCUUCUAAGCACGAGGCAUUAAUGAGUAGGAGCAAAAAAGUUGCAGUCAGAUUCAUGUACCUGGGGAAGGUGGCAUGUCUACUGUUUUCUUGCGAAAAUACCUCAAACAUCCAGCUCAGUAAAAAACAAAGUAUAUUCAUAUUACAUAAACAUGUACUGGUUCUAAAUAUGCUUUAAAUUUGCUGCUUGACUUUAAAACAACCAUCCUGUAUUUAAUUUUAUUUUCUUUUAUUACCUACAAAAAAUAGAGAUUUCUCCUUUGAGUUUUUUUCCCCAAGACCUAGUCUUACAAAAAGUGAGGCAAGAUUAAAAUGAAGUAAAUAAUCUUCCUUUUAACAGUUGUUUAAAGAAAAGGUUUUGAAUUAUACUUCAUUGUCUUUAUGUUUUUUUUAAAUAAUGCAAUUAUAUUAAUUAGUUUUUUGUCGAGCCUGCGACUUUUGUCGCAGAAAGCUCGACAUAGGGAUAGUGAUCGGGCGGCGGCGGUGUUAACUCUCU